AUGUCUUGCAGUGACAACGACGCCUCUCGUAUCAUCUCAUUUCUCAAUGCACGAGUCCAGGCUUUGUGGACGAAGGCUAUCGACUAUACCACCGAGCGAUGGGCGCGCUACAGCCAGCACCAGGACUUCCGACACGCUAUUGCCCCCGCCAAAUAUUCGUUAGAGAAUCAUAAUGGCCACUUAUUUGGCCCUGCAGAGAAAAAAGGAUUCGAUAUCCACUUGAAGGCACCAACGAUCGAUUUCAUAUGCAAUCAUACGGCUGUGCUCGAACUCAACGUCACCAAGGCGCAGUUUGCGUUCGAUCGUCCGAAGCAUUCUCAUCUAGCUCUUUUUGCGAAUCGCACCAAUGAAGAAAUAUCCGAUAUCAAAGUGACAUUCAGGAUGAGCUUCCAAGCGACCGAUGUCAUGGUGGAUGAGAAAGACAAGGGGACGCGCCCUGCCAAGAGAUUUGACUUGAGCUACAGGCAUGCUAAGCUGGUACAAAUCUCUCCAUCGAUUUCGAGAGGUCGAGAAGCGUUCGAGGCGUAUCUGCAAGGCUAUCUCUCGUUCCUCCAAACUGCGGGCCAUGCCACAUUCUUCUGUCCAACAUCCUUCUACGGCGAGAACCAGCCAAUAUCCCUCAACUUUUCUAGAGCUCCGCACACGUCGCCGACCGGCACCGGCGCACAGACUAUGCCUAUGGAGGAGAUUAACCGCUUCCUCUGCACGUCGUGGCUCAUGGCGUCGACGAUGCCCAGAUCCCAACCCGGCAAGCCCGUGGACUGUGUCGCAUUGUCGCUUGCGGAGUCGAGAAGCAAGGUAAUGCUUAGCGGAAAGGAUGUCCAUUUUCGCUUGAUAUUCGGUCCACCGGAAGUUGAGGUUGCAGCAGUAUGCGACGACGAAGCGAUCCUCUACUUCGACAUCGCCGAAGCCCUUUUCUAUAAGACAAGCGAUUACGAAAGCCAUCCUUUCAAAGUCUUUUGCGACUGGAAGGUGGCAGUGUUGACGAAUAUCAAGCGCGAGCAGAUGAGCGAUAGCAACGUGAUCAAGUACGUAGUUGAUCCACGAGGCAGUCACUUUGUGCCUCAUCUAUCGCAGCUUGCAGGCUGCCUCGAGGCCGACCAAGAGGCAGCGCAAUGCAGGGAUCGGAUCAUCGAGUUCAUUUCUGGGGAGUACUUGAACGUCCUGGAGAAGGCGGGAUAUCUUGUCAUUCUCCACCACGACCCCCGCCGGGCGAAGUCCAAGCACUACCCCUCCGACAUAAGUGACCCUGCGACAACUUCGCCUUCAGAAAACGACCGGGAGGCUCCUAUCACGAAGGCUACAACUUCAAGUAGCAGCGCCGGGCCCGUCAUUGGUCCCACUACCUGGCAAGACCUGUCCCAGCGCGUCGACAUGGCCGGUUUCGACCAGGUCUUCGCUCUGUCCGAGACCUCCAUCAACGACCGCUUCCAAUCCCAGUGGGCGCAGUCUCAAUCAGACGCCGCCGCCGACCGCUCCUUAACCGAAUGGCACCAUGAUGACCACUUCUCUGCGACAUUUGGGCCUCUUGAGCUCCAGCUCACGAGCGAACGCAAGGCUAUUCUGCGCGUCAAGCUCGUCAAAGGUAGUCUUAAGCCUGUCAGAGGCCGAUCAUUCCGCCGCAGAAACGUAGACCGUUUCCAUUUCUCGGACUGGUUGGUCGCUUUCUCCAUCAACCUGAAGCUCUGCGAUCACGCAUCCCUGCCUGGUGUCGAACCUGGAUGGCGCUCCGAUUUCGCCAGAUCUCAUCCACUCAGUAGCCGAAGGGAUGUCACCUUCAAUCACGUCUACUUGGACCUCCAGCACGCGGAAUUCGAUCUCGAGCAUUCGAGUUUCAAGGACCUCUGUACUGCGGACGACAAGCGGUCCAUCGACAAGGCUCAAGCUGCUGUCGUGUACUUACGCGAUCACUAUUUCAAGCGACUCGCCUCCACAGGUCACCACAUCCUUAGCACUGUUCCCGUCUGGGAUGCGUCUUCCCAUGCAUUCUCUCGCCGUCUAACCAGCGUCACCUUCUACACCGACUCAGAGCGAGCACGUUUCGAUGCCGGCGUCAGUCAAGCUCAUGCUCGCGAACCGGCGGUCUUGGUCGUCGGCAUGUAUGAUGGCAAGCCUUUGCCCCGCCCCAUUCCUCAGCGUUGGGGUGCCUGGGUCAGCAACAGCCCCUCCUCAUCGCACGGGACGCUUGCUCUCUCGGCUGACAGCUUCCUGCACGCAAGCUUGCUUCCCAUUCUAUCCGAGAUGAAUGCCAUGACUCGUAUCGAGCCUACCCCGUCUGUGGUCGAGCGGUCGCCUUGGCAGCUGUACCUCACUUGCUGGAGUAAUCACAGUCAGCGCGUGGUGGGCGACUGUGCGUUUGUCCCCGACGGAGCAGAUGGCCCGCUACGGUAUCACUGGAGGAGUGGUCGGAAGUUCAAUAUUGGUCGUGACGAGUCUCGUUUUGGCCUCUCUCGAACGGAGAAUUAUCUCGAGUUGCCUACGACGCCUAGUUCCGAUGGCCUGGAUAUCGCUCUCUACGGCACUGUCUGUCUUGAGCUGGUUGAAACGGGUUGGCGUUCGGUAGCAUAUGCCCACUGGAGGACAGUCGUGAAAGUCUCGUUUGAGGAUUGCCAGCCUCGCACCACGACAGUCACUUACCCCACCGAGUUUACCGAGACGGAGUCAGAGGGACGGCCUUCCUCGCUAAGAUCAUUUAAUCCUCAAGAGAUGCUUCGUAACGCAUUCCCGGAGACCAUUGAGGUCCGAGGCCUCGAACAAGGACUACGGCCGCUUGUGACUGUGCUGCAGGCAUGCCGUACGGGACAUCCUGGCUGCCACUUCGUCGAUCCUGUCUUCAACCGCAAAGGCGACUUACUCUUCCGUAUCUCGGCACAGCCAAGCUCGCCGGCUCCGACUUCCGAUGACUUGGCAGUUCUCCCGGAACCUCACGGACUGAACACGCAUCUGCGCCUGAAACCAUCAUCGCCGAUACCGGCGCGAGACACUUUCCUAGAGGGCAUACCAGCUCACAUGCGAAUGUCUACGGCGGGCGUGUAUAAUUAUAAUGGCUCUCCGGGUGGCUCCCCAAUUUUUGACGUAUUCAGCCCCACUCGAGACGGCGCGAAACACGACUCCUUUUAUACCGGGAAUCUGGAGAUUGACGAUCAGUCAGAGCUCAGCAGCCCUGCUACUUCAUUCUCCUCGACAUCCGCCAGUACGAAGCCGGAUCUCAGCCCGCCGUGUUCCUCGAUCUUCAUUUCUCCGCUAAACGAUUCUUCCGUGUCCGAUGGUAGUUCACAAACACUGCGAAGCUCACCCAUGGAAGUCACACUGUCAGAAGUCUCGCUUUCAGAAGCCUCUUCAUCGGAAGCCCCGCCAACGGAAGCUUUACCAGCGGAAUUGUUUGUUCCAAAACCAAGGCAACCGCCACAACAAGAUAUCCGGCCAUCCGCUGACCCUCCAGUUUUCCUUGCGAUCCCUGCUUCACCUGUGAACGACCUAGGUCGAGAUGGUUCCACGUCUUCCGGAGGCAGUGUUGUCUCACGGACACAGCCGUUAGAGCAGGGUGCAGACUCUGCAAGACCUGCACUUUCCCUUCCUCCGCGCUUAGAAACGCAAUUUAGACCAUCCUCGUCUGCUUCCGUUGGAUGCACGCUGUUCAAUACAGGGAAAAAAGAUACGCAGACGGUCCCCACUACGCCAGCAGUGACGAACAACCAGGCAACCUCUUCACAUCCCUCGACGAACAUGACGAGAGGUAACAGCUCUGCUAUGUACUUGGUGGAUGCCACUAAUGUUUUACAUCGGUUGACAGGAGGUGUAAUUCGCUCUGGCACAGAUACCACGGCCGCGAGCAAUGGCGGUGCCCCGCCAGCACAUCAUGUAUAUCCAGCACCUCCGCAGCUCUCUACUCCUGACACGCAGUCUCCUAACGUUACGCUGGCUAGUCAUGCUAACGCUGCCAACGUCCGUGCGCCUCUGGCCGCCGCGGCACACACCAAUGGCCCUGCAAUUCGCGGGCAGGAAACGGAUUCAUCAUUAGCCUAUCCACACUUCCUUCCUCGUGAUAAUUCGUCUUUCGGUAGCGAUAAGACGCUCCAGCCGGCACCUGACGUCGUCUUGGACCCAACUACGCCGGCCGGCCGCAAAGCUCUGCGGGAGAAGUUCAAGGCGGCCGCUACGCCGCAAGUCCCCAAGGACAAGUACGACGCAAUGGCGGCCGGUUCCAUGGGUAUCGGAUUUGCAAGCAGCGCCGCGGAUCUGGCACCAAAGUCAGACCCUUCGUCGAGGCCUACGCGACCAUUGACUCACGUGGAGGCGCAGAAUCAGCUUGCAGCAGUAGCGGUUACAAUCAAUAAUCCAUGGCUGCGGUGCUAG